GGCGGCUGACCCAAUGCUCUUGACCUUUUUCUCAUCCAUAGAACCAACAGAAAAUCAGUCUCGAGAAGUACCUGACGCGACCCUUAUGUUCGGUGGUGCAACACAUACCCUCUCUCUCUCUUGACCGCAACAUUAGAAGUUAUUAAUUUGUAUUUUUCUUGAGUCACUGUUUCAGUGUUUUGGCAGUUUGUGUAUUGAUUUAAUCCUAAGAAGUUCAAUAAAGUUGUUAUAAAAAAGUGAACUAGUUUGGAUUGGAUUUAUGUACAGUUCAUUUAGAGUCUCUAGUGAAUAUAGACUCCCGCUCCUAAUUAGGAUCAGUCUGACUAGAUUUCUUCACAUGAAAACAAUGAAUCAAUUAGUUUGGUGUUUUAUGUUAAUUACUUAUAGUCCUUUGUGCUAUGGACAAGCUUUUGAAGUUCCAGAUGCUACUGUUGAAGUGUUUAGUCCUAGAGGAUUGAGAGUAUCUAUUCCAGAUGUCGAAGGUAUCAAAUUAUUUGCAUUUCAUGGAAAAAUUAACGAAGAAAUGAACGGCCGAGAGGCUGGUUUUUUUUCCAGAGAUAUUGUCAAAGCAAAAAACGGAAGAUGGACUUUUUACGAUUCACAAGCCAAACUUAAUAUUGGGGAUAUUCUUUAUUAUUGGACAUAUGCAGAUUAUUUUGAUGGAGAAAGAAAGCUGGGCUAUACACAGGAUGACCAAUUAUUCACAGUUACAGAAUUACUUCCAAAACCUGGUAGCAAUCCAACUAUACCUGUAACAAAAGCUCCUAUUGAUGGAUGUAGGCCAUCCAUAACAACUGUAAAAGGCCAAAGCAGCUGUCAGGGAAAACUAAUUUUUGAUAGUAAUUUUGCUCAUUAUGCUGAUAAUAAAGAUCAAUUGUGGAUGGUGCAUAGAAAAUAUGCUACAGGACCGGAUUAUGAAUUUGUAAUUUACCAAGACAAUCUUCCAACAUUGUCCGUAGAAAAUGACAAGUUAGUUAUUAUGCCAGUUUUAACUGAUUCCAUGUACGGAGAUGAUUUUGUUACUGGAAGUGAAGGACUUGAUCUUGGUAAAACAUGCACUGGCGUUAGAGCUUCUUCCGAAUGCUACCAAGUAGCUCAAGCCUGGUACAUAAUACCCCCUGUAAUAUCAUCACAAUUAACAACAAAAAAGAAAUUUUCCUUUAAAUAUGGAAAAGUUGAGAUCAGAGCCAAAUUACCCAAAGGCGACUGGUUAUAUCCAGAACUCUUUCUCAACUCAGAAAAUGAAGAGUAUGGUCGAUAUUACGACUCAGGUCAAAUAAGAAUAGCUUUCACCAAUGGUAAUCAAGGUGACAAUCAGCAAAUUCAAGGUGGUGUUAUUCUAGGUCCAGAAACUCAGCAAAGAAAAUUCGCUAUGAAAUCAAUACACAACACUAAAUCUUGGACUGAAGAUUUUCAUAAUUUUACUGUAUUGUGGACCCCAGAAAGCAUUAUUUCAAGUGUUGAUAACGUUGUCUUCAGUACAGUUACACCACCAGCAGGAGGUUUUUCAAGUUUAACAGAUAAACUACGUCUUACAGCAUCUGAAAAAUGGAAAGGAGGCAACAAGAUUGCACCAUUCGACAAAGAGAUGCACCUUGUCAUAGGGGUUGGAGCUGGAGGACAUAAUUUCGAAGACCGUUCCGAUGGCUCAAAACCUUGGAAAAAUGACAAUCCAUUAAGUCAAAAGAACUUUUAUAGAGCAAGAGGUCAAUGGUUUCCUACUUGGGGUAGAGAUGCCAAGUUGACAUUGGAUUAUGUAAAAGUAUGGGCAUUAGAAGCGUAAUUUUUUGAUCUGUGAACUAUAUGAUAGGUUUUUAGUUAUUUAUUUUUUUUUUACGACUAAGGUUUUUUUCAAAUAAAAUUCAAACAAGUGUCAGUAUUAUUUCUUGAAGCCUUUUUUCUAAGGAUACUUUGCCAGGGACCUUCCAUAUGAAGCUACCCCAUCUUUUACAUCCAAAGACAUUUGAAGAUGAUGAAUGGUCGUUAAAAAAUUACUAGCCAAUAUGUUGUUCUCAAAUAGAGCUAGAUAUGUUUGGGUUAUUGGGAUUCCUUCAGAAAAAACUUGUGCAUCCCAUCUGACCUCUCUGGGAUUGGUGGAGAUCUGUUCAAAUGACAUGUCUUUGGGCACUUGAUGGUUAAGGCAUUCUUUGUAGUAACUAAUAUGUGUUUGAACAGAGAAUGGAAUAGUUUUUACUAUAUCCGGUACCAACACCAAACGUAAUCCAUCUUCUUUGACAAUUUUAAUAUUGCCAAUAAUGCCAUGAUCCCUUUUCCAUUUUGGUUUUUCUACGCAGCGGUUAUCAAAUUUGCUGAAGAGUUCGCAGUGUUCUUCAAAUUUGAUUUUGGC